AGAGUCCAUUUGGCGGGCAUACGAAGUGGCAGAGAGAUUUUCUCGUUUUUUGCUCUCACCAAUCACCGCGUUGUCUAACGAGGGAUAGGAUUAAUUAGUUGGAAAACACGCAGUGUUGCGCGAGGUCUACCCAUAUAGGUCUUCAUCGAUAGAGCUUUUUUUUUUCUAUUCCACCUACAUUCUUCAAAAAAGCUCCUUCCUGUGUGCCAUGUGAUGCAGUGUGUUCCUUUUCAUCCAUUCUUAUCGUGAACUUGAGAGUGUUGAGAGUACAAUUUGCCUCUGUGGUGUCGAGAACUUUCACCCUUACCCAAAAUAGGGGUGAAAUAAGGUGUGGGUGUGUGUGACGACGACGACGACACUGUGAUAUUCAUUUUUUUUUGUGAAGGAGAUGACGUCGCGUGGAAUAAGGCGAAAGAAAUCAUCACUUUCCGAGGUGAAAAUCGCUGUUAUCGGUGCUCCGGGGGUGGGAAAGAGCGCCUUGACGGUGCGAUUUUUAACAAAACGAUACAUCGGUGAAUAUGAUCAUCAUUCUGAAAAUCGCUACCGACACGAAGCUGUGGUUGACAAUGAACCUGUGCUAUUUGAGAUUUUGGACACCUGCCCCAAGGCAGAUGAGGAUGAAGAGCAGGUGACCAACCAAACGGAAGCUGUCCAAUGGGCCGAUGGGCUUCUGCUGGUUUACUCAAUUACAGAUCGACGAUCAUUCAACUACAUCCGCCGCACGAGGGCCAAUUUGCAGACAGACAGCCCACCCGUUGUGCUUGUUGGCAAUAAAGUUGACAUGAUCCAUGGACGGCAAAUUAGUACGGAAGAAGGGGAAAUUCUGGCCAAGGAUUUCGAGUGUAAAUUUUCCGAGGUGUCUGCGGCUGAGCACGUGGGUCAGGUGGCGGAUACGUUCCACGAUUUAUGCCGGGAAGUCCUUGCGGCACGACGGAAGAGCAAACAGAGUCUCCUGGAUCGUAUGCUGGGCGGUACACGGGUGUAUAGUCGCGGGAAGAGUGACAGCGCCCUACCCAAAGACUGACCCUCAACAUUUCCACGGAGUGUCUCGUGUGAAAAAGUCUAAAUUUUCAAUUCUUUUCUUACAAUUUCACAUGCAAAUAUUUAUCCUUAUAAUGUGACAAUAAUAGCAAUAUUAUAUACAAAUUGUUCCCUUCCUAGUA